GGCUACUUGGAAUUUAUCUCCGCCAAUGACGGUAUUUCGCUGGCUAACGGGGAUCAUCCUAUGGUUAGUGAAAUUCAUUGGGAUCCAACUGGUCGAUACCUUUCCACAGUGGUAAGCAGUUUCUACCAGAAGAAUGACAAUGGUGUCUGGUUCUGGAAUUCAGUUGGUCGCUGUCUAUACAAAAUGCCAUUAAACGGUCUACGCACGUUUGCCUGGCGUCCGCGUCCACCAACGCUACUCUCAGCGGAACAACUUCAGAAUAUAAAGAAGAACAUGUCCAAAUACAAUACUCACUUUGCCAAUGAGGAUAAGAUGCUCGCAUCCAAAGCAAGUCGGGAGCUGUUGGAAAAACGUCAACGGCUCUUGUCCGAAUUCACCGCGUGGAAGAAUGGAAUCAUCAAGCAAUAUCAAUCCGAGAAAUCGGAACGUAUUGCGCUUCGUGGUAUGGACACGGACAACGUUACGGCCGAUGGUCAAACAGAGGAGGAGUUGGAAAUUAUUGUCAGUACAGUCAAGAAGGUUGUUCGACGAAACACCGACGACUAG